AUGGUUGAUAAAGUAGCUGUAGUUACUGGUUCUAACAAAGGCAUAGGUUACGUUACUGUUAAAGAGUUGUGUCGUCGUGGAGUUGGAGUAGUUUAUUUAACAGCAAGAGAUGAAAAACGAGGUAAUGAAGCUUUAGAAAAUUUAAAAAAGGAGGGUCUUAAUCCUAUUUUUCACCUACUUGAAGUAACUGAUAAGGAAAGUGUAAAAAGGUUAGCCAAACAUUUAAAAGAAGAACAUGGUGGAAUAGACAUACUUAUCAACAAUGCGGCGGUCAUAACGGCCAAUUUUCGUGAAACGACUUACGAGGACUCCGUUCGUGUCCUCAACGUAAAUUACUUUAGUAUUCUCACAAUACAAGAACACCUUUUUCCUAUUUUAAGAGAUAACGCGAGAGUUAUCAAUAUAUCAAGUGAUGCAGGACAUAUUUCAAACAUCACAAAUCCAGAAUGGAUAAAACGACUAACCAAAAACGACCUAAAAUUGGAAGACGUUAAUGCAUUCGUGUACUGGUUUUUGGAAUCCGUAAAGAACGGAACAUUAAAUAAAAAUGAUUUUGUAGAAAAUGGCUUGUUGGCGUAUAGAGUAUCGAAAGUGGCUUUAAGCGCAUUAACUAGAGUGCAACAAAACCAAGUAGGCCGUGGUAUUUCUGUAAAUUCGUUACAUCCUGGUUUUGUCAAAACAAGUAUGACGAAAAAUGCCGGUUUUCUAAAUCUAGAUGAAGCUGGAAAUGCACCAGUAUAUUUAGCCUUAGAUGCAGAUCAGUCCCUUAAAGGUAAAUAUAUUUGGUUUGAUAAAACAGAAAAAGAGUGGACCGAUGCUCAGCUAAAGAUACAUUGCAAAUUUGAUAUUUUCAUAAAACAUGUCGAAGAAUUGUAA